UCCUUGGUUCUGUAGGGUGGUGGUGGCACCCACGGGGACAUCCCCAGCCCCUCGCGGACGCCCGGGUCCCUCUUUCUUCUCGCAGCUACGUGGUCCUAGACCUGAUGGAGAGCGACCUGCACCAGAUCAUCCACUCGUCUCAACCGCUGACCCUGGAGCACGUCCGCUACUUCCUCUACCAGCUCCUGCGGGGCCUCAAGUACAUCCACUCGGCCAACGUCCUCCACCGCGACCUGAAGCCCAGCAACCUCCUGGUGAACGAGAACUGCGAGCUGAAGAUCGGCGACUUCGGCAUGGCCCGGGGCCUCGGCGCCGACCCGCGCCACGCCAAAGCCUUCCUCACCGAAUACGUGGCCACGCGGUGGUACCGGGCGCCGGAGCUGCUCCUCUCGCUUCACCGCUACACCCGCGCCAUCGACAUGUGGUCGGUGGGUUGCAUCUUCGCCGAGAUGUUGGGCCGGCGGCAGCUCUUCCCCGGCAGGAACUACGUGCACCAGCUGCAGCUCAUCAUGGCCGUGCUGGGGACGCCGCCGGCCACCGUCAUGGCCGCCAUCGGCGCCGAGCGGGUGCGGGCCUACGUGCAGAGCUUGCCCCCGCGCCCGGCGGUGCCGUGGGAGAGCCUCUUCGGCGACGCCGAGCCGGCGGCGUUGGCGUUGCUGGGGAGGAUGCUGCGCUUCGACCCCCGGGAGAGGGUGGGGGUGGCCGAGGCGCUGCGGCACCCAUUUUUGGCCAAAUAUCACGACCCCGAGGACGAGCCCGAGUGCGUCCCCGCCUUCGACUUCGCCUUUGACCGCCGGGUGCUGACCAAGGAGGAGAUCAAGGCGGCCAUCGUGGCCGAGAUCGCCGAUUUCCACGAGCGCCGCGACGGCAUCCGGCGGCAAAUCGCCUUCGCUCCGGCCGAAAACGCGGCCGGCGGCGUUGGCGGCGCGGCCGACGGCGCCGUGGCCAACGUGAACGUCCCCAUGGGUGGCGUCAACGCGGCCGGCGUCAACGCGGUGGCCAACGUCAACGUGGCCAACGCCAGCGUCGGUAUGACCAACGUUGGCAUGGCCAACGUCAACGUGGGCAACUCUGGCGUCAGCGUGGCCAACGCCGCCAUGGCCAACGUCAACUUGGCCAACGUCAACGCCACCAUGGCCAACAGCAGCGUCAACAGGGCCAACGCCGCCAUGGCCAACGCCGCCAUGGCCAACGCCAGCGCCGCCAUGGCCAACGUCAACGUGCCCAACGCCGCCGCCGCCGGGGUUGGCCCGGCCUGGCCCUGCACCGACGUGGACAUGCCAAGCCCUGGCCCCGCCCCCGCCCCUGACUGCCCAAUGGACUCGCCCCAGGUGAAGGCGGAGCCGGGGGCCCCCGCACCCCCCAAGCGGGACGGCGCCAUCUCGGAUGACACCAAGGCCGCCCUCAAGGCCGCCCUGCUCAAGUCGGCCAUGAGGAACAAGAGCAAAGAACCGCCGUGCGCAGCCCCGGAGGCGCCGGAGGGCCGGAAGCCGGUGACGGCGGCGGAGCGGCAGCGGGAGCGCGAGGAGAAGCGGCGGCGGCGGCAGGAGCGGGCGAAGGAGCGCGAGAAGAAGCAGCGGGAGCGGGAGCGGCGCGAGCCCCGCGGCCGCGGCGAGGGCCUCCGGGGACUCGUCCUCACCGACGACGACCGCCACCUCCUCGAGCGGUGGACCAAAAUGAGGGACGGGGCCCCACCGCGACCCCCAGCCCGGCCCGCGCCGGCCCCGUGCCCCCCACCUUGCGGGGGACCUCCCGAAACGUGGCCGGGCGCCGAGGUGUGGUCUGAGCCUCCCCCCGGACCCGUCCCCGCGGACCCCGACGUGGCCAACGUCACCCAACAGCUCUCCAAGUCGCAGGUGGAGGACCUGCUGCCCCCCGUCUUCUCGGUGACCCCCAAGGGGAGCGGGGCCGGCUACGGGGUCGGCUUCGACCUGGAGGAGUUCCUGAGCCAAUCGUUGGACAUGGUGGGGGACAGCAAGGACAGCCAAGGCGAUUCGGCGCCGCUCUCGGCCUCGCUCCUCGCCGAUUGGCUGGAGGUCCACCGCCUGAGCCCGGCCGCCCUCGAGAGCCUCCAACGCGACCUCCAGCUCGGCUCCCCCAUGCUCCUCUCCGACGACCUC